AUUAGCACUGCUUGUCUGUAAGCUCCCGUGAAAUUUAUGAGACUCCAUUGAGGCUUGCGUUGACAUCACCACGCUAGUGCUCAGCUGUUACCAUGGGGGCAUUUGAGCAAUUGAUAACUUAGCCUCAGGACUUAUUUUCUUCAGAUUCAAUCAUACAGUUACUUGAAUCUUGUCAAGAACUUUAUUUGCCGUUCCAGGUUUGUGUGCCAGAACUGGUGCUCCAGGGGGAUUUUAGUGCCUCUGUACCUGGCCUGAACAAAAGCAAAAAGGAAGAAGAAUGAGAGCUGUAGUUUUGCUUUAACCUAUGGUUCACCCAUAACAAAUAACCACUACCUCUGAUGUGCUAUAGGGAUGAGUUUUUCCAAGCGGUUGCAAAGAAAACAGUGAGAUGUGAAACCAGAAUCGCUGAGGGUCAAUUAAGUGAGAGCAUGGACCACGGAGGAGUUGGCCAAUAUGACCUCGGCAUGGAACAUUGUGAAAAAUUUGAGAUUUCAGAAACUAGUGUAAACAGAGGUCCGGAAAAGAUCAGACCAGAGUGCUUUGAGUUACUGCGCGUACUUGGCAAAGGUGGCUAUGGAAAGGUAUUUCAAGUACGAAAAGUAACUGGAGCAAACACGGGGAAAAUAUUUGCCAUGAAAGUCCUUAAAAAGGCAAUGAUUGUAAGGAAUGCAAAGGAUACAGCUCAUACAAAAGCAGAGCGGAAUAUACUGGAGGAAGUGAAACAUCCCUUCAUCGUAGACUUAAUUUAUGCCUUUCAGACUGGUGGAAAACUCUACCUCAUCCUUGAGUAUCUCAGUGGAGGAGAACUAUUUAUGCAGUUAGAGAGAGAAGGGAUAUUUAUGGAAGACACAGCUUGCUUUUACUUGGCAGAAAUCUCAAUGGCACUGGGGCACUUGCAUCAAAAAGGAAUCAUCUAUCGUGAUCUGAAGCCAGAAAAUAUCAUGCUUAAUCAUCAAGGUCAUGUUAAACUGACUGACUUCGGAUUAUGUAAAGAGUCUAUUCACGAUGGAACAGUCACACACACAUUCUGUGGAACAAUUGAAUACAUGGCCCCUGAAAUCUUGAUGAGGAGUGGGCAUAAUCGUGCUGUGGACUGGUGGAGUUUGGGGGCAUUAAUGUAUGACAUGCUGACUGGAGCACCUCCUUUCACUGGGGAGAACAGAAAGAAAACAAUUGACAAGAUUCUCAAGUGUAAACUCAACUUGCCUCCCUACCUCACACAAGAAGCCAGAGAUCUGCUUAAAAAGCUGCUAAAAAGAAAUGCUGCCUCACGUCUAGGAGCUGGUCCUGGAGAUGCUGGAGAAGUUCAGGCUCACCCAUUCUUCAGACAUAUUAACUGGGAUGAGCUGUUGGCACGAAAGGUGGAACCUCCUUUUAAACCCUUAUUGCAAUCUGAAGAGGAUGUGAGCCAGUUUGACUCAAAGUUUACACGUCAGACACCUGUUGAUAGCCCAGAUGACUCUACUCUCAGUGAAAGUGCCAACCAGGUCUUUCUGGGUUUCACGUAUGUGGCUCCAUCUGUACUUGAAAGUGUAAAAGAGAAAUUUUCUUUUGAACCAAAAAUCCGAUCACCUCGCAGAUUCAUAGGUAGCCCUAGGACACCAGUCAGCCCUGUAAAGUUUUCCCCUGGGGAAUUCUGGGGAAGAGGUGCUUCUGCCAGCGCAUCAAAUACUCAGACACCUGUGGAAUAUCCAAUGGAGACAAGUGGAAUAGAACAAAUGGAUGUGACAGUCUGCGGAGAGGCCUCAGCACCACUUCCAAUCCGGCAACCAAACUCUGGGCCAUAUAAAAAACAAGCUUUUCCCAUGAUUUCCAAACGACCAGAGCACUUGCGCAUGAAUCUAUGACGACACAAUUUUUUUUAAGCCUUUGAAGGUGGAAAACAAAGAACGGACCUAAGCCCCCUUGAAGUUGAAAUACGAGGGCUUGUAUGGUUUACUUUUAAAAAGUGACAGUAUCAAAGAGUCAGUCAUUGCACAGAGCGACUUGGAAAGCAAAGACAAAUGGAUUUUUUUCUGUCAAUCAAUGGUGCAUAAAAAACUUUAGCAAAUGGUAUUGCAGAACUCUAGGCACAUCAUCUAACUGAUUCACAGUGGCAUCUUCUCACCUUAUCAAGGAUUUUUCAGCUUGAUAGCUUGAAACUGACAGUAUUAAGGGUCAGGAUGUUGCUUCAGAAUCACCGAUCUAGUUGUGAAUGUGUCAAGGAGCGUUAGCCCUUUCACUAGGCAAAGUAUGAAAUGCCUAUAUGCUUGCGUCUGAGGAAUAAUUAGCAUGCAAGCUUGGUUAAGCUGUUUCCUACAAUGGGGUGGAAUCAAAGAUGAAAGAUAAAAUUGGUAUUUCACAUUCAAAACAUAGUGAGUUUUUUAUAUAUAUAAAAAUAUAUAUUUUUCAAAUAGAUUUUUUGAUUCAGCUCAUUAUGGAAGUAACCCAAAAUUAAAAUUGCAAAAUAAUUGGUUGCUGUGAAGAAAGUAAAGGCUCUAGUUCUGAUUCUUCUCCUCAUGAAACAAGAAAUGAAUAAGCGAAUCACUCAGUUACCAGCUUGGCAAUGUGGGGUGGGAGAGAACCGUUUCAGUUGCUUACCCAACUGAAAUACCUGUUCCUGCAAAGACAAGUGCAUCUAAUAAAACAGCAGUCCUGCUAUGUUCUAGGCUUAACUGGAAGCCAUGGGCUCACACACGUCCUGCUUAUUUCAUCCUUGUCCUCAGCAGACAUUUCACGGGGAAGCAUCACUUUUGUCUACGCUAGACACUUAGAUGAAGACAGCUGAAUACGUUCAGAUUCUUACCCAUAUAAAAGAUCAGGAAAAAGUUCAUCGGAGUACAAGGUCAGUAGAAACAUCUAGGAAAUGCCACAGGAGAGAUGUACAAAUUCUACAUGGCAUAAGGGAAGAAACCUUUUUGUAACUCUUGGGUAAGAAUUUGAGGCUAUUUUUUUUUUUUUAAUAAAAGUUUGCUUAUGGGAGUUCCCUGUCAUUACACACUUCUAAAUUUAUCAACAUUUUUUCUAUGCUGGGGCAAUAAAUUUGCUGAUUGUAUGGGAAAAGCAUCAAAUGGCCUUUCAGUGAAUGUCUUCCACAGUGGGUCAGAACUUCAGCAACUUAAUUUAGGAAACAUGUUCCAAGGACACUAUUUAUGUUUCUGAAAUUGUCACAAUCUGUACAACUGACUUACAGGUACAAAGAAUAAAAUAAAGGUAACUUUACCUUACUUAAAUACUUCCUGCCUUAAAGAAAGCAUUUCCAUGAACAUAGCUGGUGAAAGGGUUAAUAUCUGCAGAGCUUUACACUAGGUAGAGUGUGUAUGGUGUGUGUGUGUGUAUGUGAUCAUGCAGCUGCAUACAAGUCCUGUCACUUUUUGCCUGCCACACAUUGCAUUAUCUUUAGUUAAACUGUGCAAAGUCUACUUCUAGUGUUUCACAACAGUAGGGAUAUUUUAUAGAUUCUGCUUACUCUGUGUAUACUGAAUCUUUUUGAGCCAUAGGAUCCAAGCCAUAAAACUCUUAAGCAUGUGGAAUUCAAUCAGAGUGCUGUUUGCUAAAAUUCGCAAGUUGGAAGGAUUGAGUGAUAUUGUUGAUUCUCGCAAAGAACCAACAAAACAAGACGGUUAUGACUGAGAAAAAAAUAGAUUUUUUUUUCUUCCUGAUAAGCCUUUUGUUGGAAAAUUUCUUUUUUUUUUUUAAUUUUAUAAGGAAAAGCAAGUUCCCUUAUAGUGACAUAAAUGGUACUGGAAGAUUACCAAACAAGAAACGGCAAUAGGGCCACUGGUGACAUGAAACUGAAAUCAAAGUGCUCAUGCGUGUUUGUACUAUGCGUAUUUGCAAAUGCGCAACACUUCAAGCAGUGCCUCUCUGUGCCACUUGUUAACAGAGGUUUUCUAACAUGUUUACUGAGUAUAAAGGAACUUAGUUUAAAAAAUUAUAUACAAAUCUCUUGGUCCUAUACAGCUAACAGUUGCUUUUUGGUUGGCUGGAUAGAAUCGUCCAGAUAGAUAGAAUUGGUUUAAUAUGGCUGGCAAGAAUGGCAAGAGUUGUUUGUCUGAGUUCACUGAUUUAAUUACAGAUACAAUUUAUCGGUUUUAAAAUUAAACUUCAUCUACUGUCAAUGUCUCAUCCCAUAGAUUAUAAGUUUAACUCCCUACUAGAACUGUGAAACUUCUGGAGUGUGACUCAGACAGCAAGCACACACUAUGCAAUAUGGUUUAUCCUGUAUUUAUUUGUAAAAAUAUCAGACAUAGAUCCUCUAUAUAUAUAUAAUAGUGUCAAAAUUACUAGUUGUGAACUAAGGGGAGUGGAGUUCUAGCUCCUGUCUGGCUAUUGCAGAUAAGUGCAGAAUGCAUUGAAUAUUGGAGAGCUUAACAAGUGCUUUCUUUUGUUCAUUUAAAAAUGUCUUAAAUUUUUCAUUAGAGUAUAGAAUCUUAUUUUUUUUAUUUUGUACAAGCUGCGCUUUUUUAAUUAUAAUCACUGAAAAAUUCACUAUAAUUUGAUUUUAUAGGAUUUUUGUAGCAUUACAAAAAUAUAGUAAAACUGAGGUUAAUACCUGUUGUGGCUAACCAUAUAAAAGUAUUAAAUCUUAAACUUGAACAAAAGUCAUAUUUUUUUUUACUAGAUGUUAAAUAGGGGAAUAUCUUGUUCUGCAGGUCAUUAUCACAAAAAGUUUAGAGGUCAGCUGUGUUACCAGCAGUUUUUCUUUUCCCAUUUAAUGCAGAAACAAUUCUGGUAUAAGAUAUUCUGAAUUUCAUCAUUUUUCUCUGUGGGAGUGAUGCAUACAUUUGAUGCCAUUCGUGUACUAAAUUGUAAUUUUGGGAAUGCUGGAACAAUUCCUACCAAGACUGUCUUAAUUGUGCCAUCCUGACAUUUGAAUGUCAUUCUGGUAUUAGCUCAUAAUAAAAGAUAAAAAGAAAUGA